UUUAGGCUCAACCUUCAGCCCAAGUUUCUCUUCGGUCCCCAGCCCGCAUCUGCCUUAUCUCCCCUCUUCUUUCCGCACUCUCCCAGGCUCCCUCACCAACCUCUCCCUCCGCGGCUCCAUCUCCCCCUCCUCCACGCCGACCUCGUCCACCUCGCCGUCACCCUUGCGAGCUUCCUCUCGCUGUCUCGACAGCCCACCUCGACUCCUGGAACCAAUUAAACUUCGGGAAAUUUCAGCUCAAAUGGUUCUCAGCUUCACCGAACCUCUGGAAAAUGCCCAUGACCACUUUGCUUCUCAGGUUUAUCGAAUCUCUGGUUUUCUGGUGGUUUUCUUAAAAUUUUGAGUUACCCAUUUGGAGUAAUGUAUAAAAUACCAAAUAUUUUGACCCAUCUGACAAGAAAUUUGCAAUCUUUGUUAAAACCCCACUGUUUUGCAAUUUUGUCAGCUGGGUAUUUUAAGGAUGUUAGUGAUAGAGUGUUGAAUGAUAAAGGGUCAGAGUCAGAAAAUGAGUGGGAGAAGAUUCUUAAGCCCUUUGACCUCAAUGAACUUAGGAAGUCACUUGUUCAAAUCACUCCAAUUCAACUUUGUAAGUUGCUUCAACUUCCACUCGAUGUGCCCUCGUCGAUGGAGAUAUUUGAGUUGGUUGGCGCCCAGAAGGGGUAUUGCCAUUCUUUUGAUGUGUACUAUGUGUUAAUUGAUAAGCUCGGGGCAGCCGGGGAAUUUAAAAUUAUAGAUAGGUUGUUGAUGCAGAUUAAAGAGAAGGGGUUUAAUUUUAGUGAGUCCCUUUUCAUUAUGAUUAUGAAGUAUUAUGGGAGGGCUGGUUUGCCCGGACAAGCGACCAGGCUGCUUUUAGACAUGAGAGGUGUUUAUUCAUGUGAACCGACUUUUAGAUCUUAUAAUGUUGUAUUGGAUAUACUUGUGGCUGGGAAUUGCCCAAAGGUUGCUCCCAAUGUCUUCUAUGACAUGUUGAGUAGGGGUAUCUCUCCCAAUGUUUACACAUUUGGAGUGGUUCUGAAAGCACUUUGUAUGGUUAAUGAGGUGGAUUCCGCUUGCUCGCUUCUAAAAGACAUGACGAAGCAUGGUUGUGUGCCAAAUUCAGUGGUUUACCAGACUCUAAUACAUGCACUCUCCAAGAAUAAUCAAGUGAAUGAUGCAUUGAGACUUUUGGAGGAAAUGUUUUUGAUGGGUUGUACACCUGAUGUUCAGACUUUCAAUGAUAUUAUCCAUGGUCUUUGCAAGGUCAAUCGGAUUCAUGAGGCAGCAAGAUUGGUUGAUCGGAUGCUUCUCCGGGGGUUUACUCCUGAUGAUGUGACUUAUGGAGUUUUAAUGCAUGGAUUAUGCAGAACAGGGCAAGUUGAUGAAGCAAAGGCAUUGUUGAACAAAGUGCCUUCCCCAAAUAUUGUGCUUUUCAAUACCUUGAUUAAUGGUUAUGUUAUGAGUGGACGGUUUGAUGAAGCCAAAGCUGUUCUAUAUGAUGGUAUGUUAGGUAAUGGCUGCGACCCUGAUGUAUAUACAUUUAACAUACUGAUUCAUGGGCUCUGCAAGAAGGGCUGUUUGAGUUCUGCUCGUGAAUUGGUCAGUGAGAUGGAAAUUAAGGGCUGCAAGCCUAAUGUAAUAACUUACACCAUAAUGAUCGAUGGGUUCUGCAAGGAGGGCCAACUGGAGGAAGCUAGUGAUGUUUUAAAUGAGAUGUCAUACAAGGGACUAAGUCUGAAUAUCAUGGGAUACAAUCGUCUAAUUUCUGCUCUAUGCAAGGAUGGGAAAGUCCAGGAAGCUUUAAAAUUGUUUUGUGAAAUCUCAAGCAAAGGAUGUAAGCCAGACAUAUUUACAUUUAAUUCUUUAAUAUUUGGACUGUGCAAGGUUGAUCAAAUGGAAGAGGCAUUCAGAUUGUACCGUGAUAUGUUACUGGAGGGUGUUGUUGCCAACACUGUUACUUACAACACGUUAAUUAAUGCUUUCUUGACAAGAGGUGCGAUACAAGAAGCACUUAAGCUUGUAAAUGAAAUGGUAUUUAGAGGAUGCCCUCUCGACAAAAUAACCUAUAAUGGGCUAAUUAAGGCACUCUGCAAGGCUGGAGCUGUUGACAAGGCAAGGGGAUUGUUUGAAGAAAUGAUGAUGAAGGGACUUCAUCCUGAUAGUUUCUCCUGUAAUAUUUUGAUUAAUGGUAUGUGUAAAAGUGGCAAAGUAUAUGAUGCACUUGAGUUUCUACGAGAUAUGAUUCAUCGGGGUUUGAUGCCAGACAUAGUCACUUAUAAUAGCCUCAUAAAUGGUCUAUGCAAGAUGGGACACAUUUGGGAAGCUUUGAAUCUCUUUGAUAGAUUACAAGCUGAAGGGAUGUGUCCUGAUGUUAUUACUUAUAACACUCUGAUCAGUUGGCACUGCAAACAGGGAAUGAUUGAUGAUGCUUGUUUACUUCUACAUAGAGGCGUGAAUAAUGGGUUGAUACCAAAUCAUUGGACUUGGUAUAUACUGGUCAGCAACUUGUCUAAAGAAAGGGGAGAGGUGAAUCAGAGCUUUAUUGGUAUUGAUCGGGAGGAAUCUUAUUUUAGUUUCUUCUAGCCUAAUUCUUUUCAAAUACUAGAAUCCCUAUGGUAUUGCUUGGAUGUAUUCCUUCCGAAAGCAUUUAUGGUCAUGGUGAUUAGAGGUGGAUGUGGAGGUACUUCAUUAUGGUUUUAUGCCAGAAAAAAUGAUAUUCCAGAUAUUGAUUUGAGAUCUUUUGCACCGUGUUCGGGUUGGUGCUUGUGCCAAAAGCUGGCUGGCUGUCUCAGAUCACCCGUCGUCAGAGUUUUCUGCUGGUUGAGCCAGAACAAAUUCACCUUACAAUGUGAGAGGUUUAUGCUUACAAGGAGUGGGCAAGGGAUCAAGGUAACGAUUGUUCUUGGAAGCAUGAAGGACCAACAUUGAAACAAAGUCUUAGUCUAGGCAUCUCUAACAAAUAAAGGUUUUCUAGCGUUCUCCUUAGACGUUUUCAGCUUCCUUCAGUCUAGGCGAUCACUAUAUGCAUUAUCUUUCAUGAGGAAUCAUCCUUUGUAAUCCAUAGCCCAAGUAUUCUUUGGAAUCUUAAAUGUGUCAUAUCGAAGAUGUAACGCUCCUGUAAUACGAGACAAGGGAUAUUAAAGCGUUGACGGAUGCUUGAUAACUUCACCGUUAGGACUUGCGGCGUCGUAUGUUCGUCACUUGAUAGUGGUAAUGUGAGGAAAGGAAUGCUUGGAAUCUUGGCCAACUCUUGAAUGAUAAUUUGAUCUCUGUGUCACCUGUCAUUGUGUCAAUACUACUGUUAAGAGCCGAUCGAUGGCAUGUCAAAUGCGAUGUUUCAAUCAUGUUACAAAACCAAAACCUACCUUGUAAUUGUAGUUCUUGUACCAUGUACAAAAGGAACUCAUCCUAAAUCCAAAUACCGAUUGAGAAGUGA